AUUAGAAAGUACGCUGCAAACAACCCAGAAAUUACUGUAUUGCAGAACAUAGAAGAAACCCGAUAUAUUGUGGUGCUUGUAACUCCUUUUAUGAGGAGAAUUCACAGUAACUUCAGGGAAGCUGGAGAAAUAGUGUUUGUAGACGCUACAGGAUGUGUUGAUCAACUCAAUACAUCACUUAUCCCAUUUCUUUGUGCUGGACCAACAGGAGCUGCUCCUCUUGCUCUACUGUUUACAUCAUCCAUAGAUGAAGGAACACUAAAGAAAGGUUUUGAUAUGGUGAAAUGUGCUCUUGGAGACGGUGCGUUUUAUGGGAGGCAGUCACCGCAAACCUUCAUGACUGACAACUGUACUGCAAUGAAGAAAGCCUUAGCAGAAGCCUGGCCUGCGGCUCGACAGUUUUUAUGUAUUUUUCACCUACUUCAACAAGUGUGGCGAUGGCUACUUGACCUCAAGCAUGGCAUAAAGAAAGAAGACCGCCAAGUGCUGAUGGGUGCAGUGAAGUGCCUCGUUUAUGCAUCAUCAAAAGAAGAUUUCUUCACAGUUUGGCAACAAUUCCAGGCUAACCCUCUUUCACAGAAAUAUGCAAACUUCAGCAGUUACCUCAGUUCACUAAUGGAACGGAAGGAGGAGUGGGGCAUUACGUUCAGGGGUGGCGCCAUGUUGCGAGGUCAUCAUACGAACAAUUUCAGCGAGGCCACCAUGUGCAUCAUUAAGGAAGUUGUUUUGAAUAGAUGCAAGGCAUAUAACACAGUGCAGCUGAUUAUUUUCAUGGCUGAAAUAUUUGACGGGUAUAUGAAGAACAGGCUUGCUGACGUUGCAUUAGGGAGGCGAAGAAGAAAGAAUACGCGUAUGGGCACACUGUCUUUGGAUUCAGUAACUCCCCUUGGCAACGGGAAAUACAAGGUCAAUAGCCACUCUACUCCAUCACUGCAAUACACUGUCGACCUAGAAACUGGCUUCUGUGAGUGUAAUGUGGGUGAGAAUGGCUCGCUGUGCAAACACCAGGCUGCUUGUGCAGAGCACAGCAUGACGAUCUUGCCCCAAGUUUUCACUGCUACAAGUAAAAACAGGCAGUGGUUGGCGUCAGUGGCAGUGGGUGAAGACAAAACUCCACCAGAAAGUUUUUUCAGAGGACUUUUGGAGCCACAACUGAACAACAGAGAAAACCAAAGUCCGCUUGCAGUUGCAUCGUCAACCAAGGGGCAAGAUCAACUCCCAUUACCUGAGGCUCGUCCCCAGGUGUCUAUGCAAUGGGAAGAGAAUAAACAUUGCUCUCUGGACCAACCAAGGCUGGAAGAUGACAAACAAAGUGCCAAUAUUUCAGAGUUCGUCAAAGCCCUCCACACUAUCACUGAAAAAUAUGGAAAUGAAGACACUGCAGACGCCCUCAAGACAGCAGUUAAAAGGCUCCAUAAAAUAAAAAGCACAAACAUGCUCAACAGUGUGUUACACAACCUAGGAAGUGAUGUGUGCACCACUACAACUGGAGCUGGCCGAGGAAAGAUUCGGUGCCAGCCAUCUUCAGUUGCAAGAAGAGGGCCAGGAAGACCGAAAGGAGCAGCUCCCCUUGGCAAAGGGCGCCGUCCUAACACAGUAGCGACAGGUAAAGCAAAGCGCCCACGAAAUCUCGCAGAAAACAUCGCAGCCAAUGUACCCAAUGCUAAGUCACAUGGCAGUGGCCACUAAUGUAUGUAUUUAUCUACAGUAAUUGCAUGCUUAAUAAAUAUGGAGUUUUUCUCUUUUAUAAUUAUUUCCAAAACAUAAUGAUCUGCAUGUUUACAGAACAUUCAUGUAACCAGUAUGGACAACAAAGUGUUGAAAGUCUC